UUUGGAAGUGGUGCAAAGAUAGCUCCAAUUCUGUUCGUGCGACGACUUUUCUACACUUUAAAAAAAAUAUAUUUGCAUGCAAGCUGAGCAUUUUUGGUCACAUCAUUUCAUCGUCUAGCAGAGAAGAUGUCAAUGGCGAUCAACGACAGCGAGCAAGCGGACCCGAGGGACGAGACCCUGGCCCGGGUAGAGAUUACUCUGCUUGCCAUCAUCUUCGCCAGCGCAGCCGUCCUAAACGGCGUCCUGCUCCUGGUACUGUGGCGGCAGCGCAAGCACAUGAGCCGGAUGCGCGUCUUUGUCUUCCACCUCGCCUUGGCCGACCUGGUGGUCACUUUCUUCCAGGUGUGCCCACAGCUCAUGUGGGACAUCACGGACAGGUUCAUCGGACCGGAUCUGGUGUGCCGCCUGGUGAAGUACCUGCAGGUUUUGGGCAUGUUCUCGUCCACCUACAUGAUCGUGGCCAUGACGGUGGACCGGUACCAGGCGGUGUGCAACCCCAUGGUCAAGUUCCAGCAGACGCACAGGCGCGUGAACGCGGCCGUGUGCGCGGCUUGGGGGGUUUCUCUGGUGGGCAGCCUGCCUCAGGUGUUCAUUUUCUCCCGGGUGGAGGUGGCGCCCGGCGUGUUCGAUUGCUGGGCCAAGUUCGUACAGCCGUGGGGGCUUAAGACCUACAUAACUUGGACCACCGCGGUCAUUUUCAUAGUGCCCGUCACCACGCUCGUCUUCUGCCAAGUGCGCAUCUGCAGGGCUAUCCAACAGAAUCUGCACCGGAGGGCGCGACGAGGCGUGGCCGGCCCGCUGCCCCCCAGGGCCAGCGGCGUGGCCGGCAUGUCCAAAGCGAGGGUGAAGACCCUCAAGAUGACCGUGGUCAUCGUGCUGGCAUACGUAGUAUGCUGGUCUCCCUUCUUCACCGUCCAACUCUGGUCCGCUUGGGACCCGAAUGCACCUAAAGAGACUGCCACUUUCACCAUCCUGAUGUUGCUGGCCAGUCUCAACAGCUGCGCCAACCCCCUCAUUUAUCUCCUCUUUAGCGGUCCGCUUCCUCGGCGUCUCCUAAAGCCGGCGUUCCAGAGGUGCUCCUUCGCCAAGGACUCCACGCAUGAUGAGGCCACGCUUGUCAGCGCUUUCUACACCAGUUUGAAAAAUUUUACCAAUGAAAAGUGAAAGACAGGGCGGGUGGAGGCGGAUGGUGUCGAUGCCUGCUGCAUGCCGUGCAGAUGUUAAUCCUCCACAAUUUGUGGACUGGAAAGAUAUCAUUUGUCAAUGACACGGGAUAUUUUAAAUACAGCAUCUCUCGGCCAAGCACAAGUGGGUGGCCUGUGUGGAGAGUUGUGUUCCAGAAGCAGGAUGUUAGAUAAUGACAAAUGCAAGCAAAGGGCAUCUGUGCCCGCAUGAGGUGCCGGAAAAGAAAAACAGACUCCAUAAAUGUCGUGUUGCAUUCCUUUGUUGUAGUGUCACUUGAGAAACAGAACAUUUGAUGGUGCACUUGCACACUAAAGGCGCGAUACAAUGGUGGUUUGAGAUACAAUUAAUUUAAUUUGUGUCAAUGCUUACAACACAAAAUACUCGUAUCUCAAAAUCUAAAUAUUGCACUUUAUUGGAAUAUGUUGAAUGUUAAAGACAGACUUCAAAAUGAUAUUAACGGGGCACCUUCCCCACAUCGUCCCACACUCCACUUCAGUCGGUCACAGUUAUUCUCUAACACAUGCAGCGACCCAACUAAUUAGGUUGAAAAAGUACAAAAGUUGUACCGCAUUCAAACAGGAUGAAUUGUCUCAGGAGUGAUUUGUCCGAGGAUUCAAGGUAAUUAUUAUAUUUUUCGUACCAUACAUGCAUUUUGAAAUGUUGUGAAAAAAAAUCAAUGGGAGAAAUUAACCGCUAUGCCAUUGGCGUUAUAAUUCGCAGUAUUUACUUAAAAUAAAUGCUAAGUGCCCGUUUUUUUUUUGCUUUUAACCAAGAAUCGAGACUGUUUUACGUUCAUAUCGAUAAAGAAUUCAGGGAUUUAAGCAUGUAUUCACAAGAAUUUUCAACGUAAAAUACUCUUUGUGGUGAUAAGGCAGCGCCACAGCAGCUUAAAGACUAGUAGCUUAUUCGACAUAUUUACGUCAAAUAAAUGCUAACUACCCUUUUUUUUUGCUUUUAGCCAAGAAUUGAAACUGUUUUACGUCCAUAUCUAUAAAGAUUUCAGGGAUUUAAGCAUUUAUUCACAAGAAUUUUCCACAUAAAAAGCGCUUUGUGGUGAUAAGGUGGCACCACAGUGGCUUAAAGACUAGCAGCACAUUUGACAUAUUUACGUCAAAUAAAUGCUAACUGCCCGUUUUUUUAUGCUUUUAACCAAGAAACGAAACUGUUUUACACCCAUAUCUAUAAACAAUUAAGGGAUUUAGGCAUUUAUUCACAAGAAUUUUCCACGUAAAAAGCUCUUUGUGGUGAUAAGGUGGCGCCACAGUGGCUUAAAGACUAGCAGCACAUUUGACAUAUUUACGUAAAAUAAAUGCUAACUGCCCAUUUUUUUUCUUUUCUGCUUUUAACCAAGAAUUGAGACUGUAUUAUGUCCAUAUCUACAAAGAAUUCAGGGAUUUAAGCAUUUAUUCACAAGAAUUUUUAACGUCAAAAGCUCUUUGUGGUGAUAAGGCGGUGCCACAGUGGCUUAAAGACUAGCAGCACAUUUGACAUAUUUACGUAAAAUAAAUGCUAACUGCCCAUUUUUUUUCUUUUCUGCUUUUAACCAAGAAUUGAGACUGUAUUAUGGCCAUAUCUACAAAGAGUUCAGGGAUUUAAGCAUUUAUUCACAAGAAUUUUUAACGUCAAAAGCUCUUUGUGGUGAUAAGGCGGUGCCACAGUGGCUUAAAGACUAGCAGCACAUUUGACAUAUUUACGUACAGUAAAUGCUAACUUGACCGUUUUUUGUUUUUUUCUGCUUUUAACCAAGAAUCGGACUGUUUUAUGUCCAUAUCUAUAAACAAUUCAGUAAUUUACGCAUUUAUUCACAAGAAUUUUCAACAUAAAUAGCUCUUUGUCUGUUUCCACUCGGUCAGCUUUGACAGAGAUAGGCCCCCUAUUAAUCAUCCCCGCGUCCCGUCAAUAUAUUAUGAAGUCUGUGGUAAAGAAUUGACCAGUUUGUGUAUCGGGGGAAAAAAAUAUGUGGCUCUUUCUGUUGUGCGCAACUUGGCAACUGGGGGGGAGGAUGCAGUAAAAGUCAUAAGAUGCAAAUGAUGUAGAGUAUUACGACACCUCUAAGUAAAAAGCAGUCAUAUUAGUUGUUUUCCAACAGGGAUAAAGAAUAUAUGCCUGUGAGUAUUGUUAUAUUACGUAUCUUAAUGUGUUCCUACAAUUGGUGUUCAAUUAUCAAUUGCUUUGAGUGUUAAACGGGCUGCACAAAUGCCGUUUGUUAGCCUGAUGAUGCCGUUUUACAUUGUUUGUCAGCAAGCCAAGCGUUUGACAGUAUAUUUAUGUUGGUAAUGGAAGUAAACAGUUACAGUGUCUUCUUCUUGGGGAGAAUUGCGGCAAAUUGUUGUUUAUGGUGCUAUGAUUUCUUUUCACUAUCGCCAUACACUGUACAGACCCUAAUGUUUUUUUCUUUGCCAAAAAGAAAUCGGGAUACGACUGCUGAUAUCUUGGAAAACUCCGAAGUCGGGACACUUGUAUAUCAAGGCACUGCUUUAAGACAGUCAAUCAAGCAUGAGCACUAUAACCAAAAAUGCUGCAAUUUUGAGACAGCCUGCACUGGACUUUGUUGCAUCGGCUUAUAGCCCUGUGCAUGAUUCAUUUUUGAUAAUUAUUACAAAACAGCAAUUAGACCAUGACAUAACACCCAAAUAAA